AUGAAAAUCAAACUGUAACACAAAUGGCAGCGGUGAGUAUCUCUCCAGCUUUCCACCUCCUGCCUCUCCUCCUCCUGUUUCUCCUUGUCACCAAUGAGGGCGCCACAUUGAACAUCACCAACCAAUGCUCCUACACCGUGUGGCCGGCCGCUGUGCCGUUGGGCGGCGGCAUGCAGCUUGAUCCGGGCAAGUGGUGGACACUGGGCGUGCCUGCUGGCACCGCUGGUGGUCGUGUGUGGGCGCGCACAGGCUGCAUAUUUGAUGCCAACGGAAACGGCUCGUGCCAAACAGGCGACUGCGGCGGCGAGCUUGUCUGUGCGAGGAAUGGUCAGCCACCCAACACGGUGGCUGAGUUUGCACUCGGCCAGUUCAACAACACGGAUGUCUUCAACAUCUCCCUCGUCCUCGGCUUCAACGUGCCCAUGGAAUUUCUGCCGGUGCCAACCCAUGGUGGGCCAGAUUGCAGCAAGUGGCCGCGCUGCGUAGCUGACAUCACAUCACAGUGUCCAAGCAACCUCAAGGUGCCGGGGGGUUGCAACAACGCGUGCACCAGGAACAGAUCAAACAGUUGCAAACCCACCACAUAUUUGAGGUUCUUUAAGCAGCUAUGUCCUGAUGCAUACAGCUACCCCAAGGACUAUUCCUCAAGCACUUUCACUUGCCCUACAGGCACCAAUUACCAGGUCGUCUUCUGUCCCCCGAUCAAUCCAUCGUCUUUGCUUCCAAGCCCUUCUGCAUCUAUUCCUACUAGGAAGACAAGCAUAGGAUCCCCAUCUGACAUUGGAAUCUCAUUCCGAGCUGGUCUAUCUGUUAUGAGUAAAUUUCUUCUUGCACGGACAAUACUUGGUUGCAUAUUCUAUUUAAUCUAUGCAUACAUCCAUUUUGUUCUACGUAAACGACGACACCAGGUGCCGGAGGGAAGAGAAGAAGAGUUUGGGAAUCUAAAAGGGACGCCAAUGAGGUUGACAUUUCAACAAUUAGAUAUUGCAACCGAGCAAUUCAGGGAAAAGCUCGGCGAGGGAGGAUUUGGGUCUGUUUUUGAAGGACAGCUUGGUGAUGAAAGAAUUGCAGUAAAACGUUUGGAUCAUGCUGGUCAUGGAGAAAAGGAAUUUUUGGCAGAGGUUCAUACAAUUGGCAGCAUCCAUCAUAUAAAUUUGGUGAGAUUGAUUGGUUUCUGUGCUGAGAAGUCAAGGAGGCUCUUGGUUUAUGAGUAUAUGGCCAAAGGAUCCUUGGACAGGUGGAUCUAUUGUCGGCAUAACAGCAAUGCUCCUCUGGAUUGGAGGACGCGUUGUAAGAUUAUUGCUAAUGUCGCUAAAGGCCUCUCUUAUCUUCACGAGGAGUGCACCAAAAGAAUUGUUCAUUUGGAUAUCAAACCGCAGAAUAUCCUCUUGGAUGAAAACUUCAAUGCCAAAAUUUCUGAUUUUGGACUAUGCAAGCUCAUUGACAGGGAUAUGAGUGAAGUGGUUACUAGAAUGAGAGGCACACCAGGCUAUUUGGCUCCUGAAUGGUUGACAUCGCAGAUCACGGAAAAGGCCGAUGUCUACAGCUUUGGCGUUGUGGUCAUGGAAAUAAUCAGUGGAAGAAAGAACCUCGACACCUCUCAACCUGAAGAGAGCAUCCAUCUUAUCACCCUAUUGGAAGAAAAGGUGAAGAGUGAUCAGUUAGCAGAUCUAGUCGACAAGCAGAGUGAUGACAUGCAAGUGAACAAGCAAGAGGUGAUUCGGAUGAUGAGGAUGGCAAUGUGGUGUUUGCAGAUUGAUUGCAAAAAGAGGCCGAAAAUGUCAGAGGUUGUCAAAGUCUUGGAAGGCACCAUAAACACGGGAAACAACAUAGAUUAUAAGUUUGUUGCAACAACUACAGUGAACUUUGGCGUGGCAGGAGAUGCAUGCUCCUCAGCUCCACCUUUGGCUUCAGAUGUAUCAGGCCCCAGAUGAAACGGGACUAUCCUGAGAAGAUAGGCAACCAGAUUAUGUAUAGGAGAUCUGUGAGUCCACAAAAAAAACAUGUUUUGUUGUAUUUUUAUCAAAUUACAGCAAUCCGAAGCCCCUUAAUAUAGUUA